GGUACCCACGCUCACGGGAGUGGCUUUAUCUGAGAACGAGACAGCAGCGCACCUCACUUGAAUGAAAGAAGCUGGCGAACGUAACUCGAGGAAGUUAGUCGUCCAAACUUUCUACCCUUCAAACGAUUCGUCCUCCGCCAUGGCGUACGCAGCGUAUUGGUCGAGCAUCAGAGGUGACACUUCAUUACAAAAAGCCAAUGUUCCUCAGACCUCAAGGUUCCAGUCUCAGCAAGUCACACCCACCCCAACAUCUCAGGUCUCCUCAGGGAAACCUGCACAAUAUGAGAAAGGAGCUACGCAGUCGUCUACAGCAGCUGUGACUGUCAAACCCGGCACCACACCUGCAGCUCCUUCAGGAGCAUCUUCUUCUGGAGCUGCAGGCAGUGGAGGCUUCACCACCACUCAGAAAGGACCUUCCCAAGUCACGCCACAGGCCACAGUCUCUAAACCCACACCUGCACCUUCUGCUAAAGUCCCAGUUGUGAGCUCUGGGACCGGACCUGCUGGAACAACAGGAGUGAAGGCCACAGACCCUGUGAAAGAUGAGGCCCAGAGUACAACCAUUCCCUCAUCCAAACCGGGACCUGCUAAGGUGGAUCCGGCUGUUGGGAAGCCCUCAGCCCCGGCCGGUACCCAAAAGCAGACAAGCGCUCAAAAGGUGCAAGUAGAAGUGGGUUCUUCUGGAGCUAAAGUCAGUACUGAGGAUGUAGAUCCGUUUGAUGCCCUUUCUGCCACUCUACCAUCACAACCUGUGGCUCCAAAAGUCCCAGCAUUCACUGGACCAGAGGUCAAAGAGCCAAAUGUAAAGGCAGAGAAGGGUGUUAUCUGUGGUGAGAGAGAUGACACAUUGCCACCCGGAUACAGACGAGCAGACCUGGAAAAGAAAACACCUGCCGGAGUUCCAGAGAAGCCUAAAGAAGUUCCCAAGCCAAUAAGCUCAGAGGAGGCGAUGGACUCCCUCUCAGCUAGUUUUUUGUCUUCAGCUCCACCUGCUCCUAAGAAGACUGAUGUGAAAACUGAAACAGUAGGAGCAGUUGAUGUUCGUUCUGCAGGCAUCUCCAACUUUGCUCCCCCUCCACCCUCUCAGAAACAUCCGGCACCAUCUCAGCCUGCUGCUGUAACCAAAUCCCCUGCUCCACCAGCUGACAAGAAAUCCAGGAUCGAGACCCCUGCACAACCCGCUAAACCAAAGACAGAUGAGACGGACGUGUCACUGGACGCUCUCAGGGCUUUGAGCGACACACUGGGCGCUCCAGAACCACCCAAAAAAUUACCUGAACUCAAACCUGGGCAAAUAGUUGAUGUGAAGAAACGGACAUCAGAGAAGUGCGUUCGUGUUGGAGAGAGAGAUGACACGCUCCCACCAGGUUACAGAUUCUCAGAGGAAGAGCUCAUGAAAUAUCCUCCUCCUAAGAAAGAGGUCAGACUUUGAACACUGUGUGCAAAAAUAUCAAACUAACGUCUUCCAUCAAUGUUCAUUCUUAAGCCUGAAGUGGAUGAAUUGUCAGCACUGGAUGUUCUGGCAGGUGAUUUUGUGGCUUCUGCACAGUCUGUGCCUAAGGUUUCUUCUGGUGCUCCUAAAACUGUCCCUCCAGGCCCUAUGCAACCACCACAGACAGAUGAGGAUGCUUUCAGCGCUCUGGGUGACACACUGGGUAAACCAGAGCCACCCAAAAAAGAACCCGAACUCAAACCCAAGGACAUCGUUCAUGAGAAGGAUGUGACAUCUAAAAAGGGAGUUCGUGUUGGAGAGAGAGACGACACGCUCCCACCAGGUUACAGAUUCUCAAAGGAAGAGCUCAAGAAAUAUCCUCCUCCUGAGAAAGAGCCAUCCUUAGACACUACUGAAGCUAUGGAUAUUCUGUCUGGUGGUUUAACAACCCCCUCUGAAGCAUCGGCUGCCAAGACCCCCGUCUGUCCUGCCUCUAAGCCUCCUGCUAAGCCUUCAGAUUCUGCUUCCGAUUUCGCUUUAGAUAUUCUUGCAGAUGAUUUUGUCGCUCCUUCUUCUGCAUCUAAAGUUCAGUCUGCCGUCUCUGGCCCCCCACAUGCUGACAGACAGUUGUCAGAAGGUUCCUCAUCAGCUUUGGAUGCCCUCUCAGACACUUUAGCAGACAUUAAAGGAGCCCCUGAGCCUGAGCCUGAGCCUGCCCCUGUCCCACCUAAAGACGUCGUUAAGGAAAAGAAUAUAGUGGAGGAAAGAGUGAGUAAACCAGGUGAGAGAGACGACACCCUUCCACCUGAUUAUCGGUUCACAGAGGAAGACCGCAAGGCAUUUGUAGCAGAAAAGCAGAAAGAUGUCAAACCGAAAAAGCCAUCAAUCGAUGACACAACGGCCCUUGACAUGCUGUCUAGUGAUUUUUCUUCAGUACCGCCUGUGAAGCCCUCAGCACCUGACGCCCAACACUUCACCCCCAAACCACAACCGCCAACAUUUAAGGCAUCAGGUCCAGUUUUUGACGAGCUGGCGGAAAAAGUUAUUCCCAACCUGACUGACCCUAAAGCUAAAGACAGCAAACCGAAGAAACAGUCAGUAGAAGGUUCAUCAUCCACGGAGAAGCUGCCCGGUAAACCGAGCUCAGAUGUGGUGCCUUCAUCUUCCACAAAGAGCGGAAACCGAUAGAUCACACAUUUAUAGUGCAUCUCAUCCCUAACACAAGAAACCAUUAAAGGGAACUGCUCAGACAACAAAAUAUAUACAUGGACGUGGAGUGAAACUAAAAAAAUUAUAACUGCACAGAGACACUUAAAUAUGUAUUUUCAGAGCCCCCCGACCCCAAUCUCAUCUUUUCUCCUUAAGCAAAGCAAAUAUAAAAAUAAUCUUAUCUCCUUGUGAUUGAUAGAACAUGUAUAUACGGAUAGGAUGUUUACAUCGAAUGCAUGUGGUGUUCUAUUUCCAGUCAUCUGUUUUUGGUGUGCCAUUGUUAUUAUAAUAUUUCCCACAGUAAAAAAAGAUAUUAUGCCAUAUACUAUUUUUUUUCUUCUUUUUUUGUAUUUACUGGGGGUCUCUCUACAGUCUUCCUGUUCACAGAGAUGACUGUUUGUUGCUGUUUGAGGAUCUAUUGAGACACUAGUGUACAGAGUUAUGCCGUAGGUAAUGAGUUAAUCGUUUACAGUACAGGAAUUGCAGUAGAUGACCAUGAUUUUGAAUGCUGAUGAAUGUCUGUAUAAUGAUACAAGUCAAAAAAGGUUUGUAUGGGAGGUGUUUCCUAAAGUGCACUUGCAAGAAUGCUCUCGAAAAUAACUGUAAAAUAAUAUUGCAAACACUAAAUGCCCCAUGUGCCUAUUACAAAAGCCUUGGAAAAUAAUUUAGAUAUCACUUUUUUUUUUUUUUUUUUUUUUUGCUUAAGUUCAGUUGAAAAUGUAUUUUCAGAACCACUUGUAAGUUGACAGGUUUUGCAUUCGAUGUGGUGGGCAAAGUCAGACUCUUUCACUUUCACUUUAACUCACUUGUGUUGCCGUUUUGCUUAACAUCAGGGAUCACUCUUUGAUGCCUUAAAAUGUUCAAAUAGCUUUGAUAGCUGAUGAUAGAAACUGAAAUAUGACCUUUAAACCCAACGGUGUCUUUCGUAUUUUUUGCUCAUGAAAUGUUGAACAGAUCCAGAUGGGUUUUCCAAGAGCAUUCUAAGACGUUGUGUACUAGUCAUUGUGACUGGAUGGUAUUUUCAAGAAGGGAUUUUUACUCAAAAAAUAAAACCACUUGUUUUGUUA